UAAGAAGAGAAUAAGGUUAAGAAUUUCUUCAAAUUCUGCCAUGUACAUCACAUGCUAGAAUUUUCCUCCAUCCUAUGCAUCUUAAAUUAGUCCAUUUGUUUCUCCAAUAACAAUACAUACUAACCCACCUACAAAGACCUACCUAUUAUUUUUGGUCUUAUACUAAUUAACCCUUUAAUAUGUCCUUAAUCAUGAAAUUAAUUUGGGAAAACAACAUAUAAGUGAAUCCAAAAGGAAAAAUUAGAGAGAAAUUAAUAAUCAUGAUUAGGGCAAGAAGUGGUAGUCCUUUAGAAGGAUCCAAAUCAAGCCUUUCCAAUGAUAAAAUUGAUUAUGAGUGUGAGGAUGAUUCAAUAGAGGAGGUGGAUGAUAAUAGCAACCAUAGCAAUAGUAAUAGUAAGUUGUUAAAAGUAAAUGGUUCGAGCUCGAGUUCGAGCACAGUGGAGGAGAGCGAUAAGAAGACGCUCUCCUCGUCCUCGGGAUUUGUUCGACCGUAUAAUCGGUCAAAGAUGCCCCGCCUCCGGUGGACACCGGAUCUCCACCUUUGCUUUGUACAAGCUGUUGAGAGGCUAGGAGGUCAAGAAAGAGCAACACCAAAGUUGGUUCUUCAAUUGAUGAAUGUCAAAGGGCUAAGUAUUGCUCAUGUCAAGAGUCAUCUGCAGAUGUACAGGAGCAAAAAGAUUGAUGAAUCAAAUCAAGCUAUGAGCAAUCAAGGGGUGUUCAUGGAUGGAAGAGAUAAUAUAUAUGAUCUCAGCCAGCUACCUAUGUUACAAGCCUACAAUAAUCAAAGAUCAUCUUUCAAUCUAAGGUUAGGAGAUUGGUCUAGAAACAAAUUGAAUUUCAAUUAUGUUCCGGAAAGGGUGAUCUUUUCUAGUAAAAGUAGUAAUUCUCAAGCAAAUGUUCAUGACUUCCAAGGGAAAUUUUCAAAUUGGAUAACACAACAAACACUCAAAAAAGAUCCAAUGUCACAAACUAAUGAAUCACCAACGUCAAAGUCUAGCAUGGAGUUUGAUCUAGCAAUUAGGUCAAUUUCGGGAUCAGCUGAAGGAAGAGAGAAAUCGAAUUCGUUAAGCUUCCUUGAAAACGACUCGAGAAUGGAGAACAAUCAAAAGGAAACAAUUAGUCAUUUGAAAAGAAAAGCAAUGGAUUUAGAUCUCACUCUAACCCUAGCUUCAAAUGAUACAAUUUUUAAUGAGUUAACCAAGAAAUUUGCAAAGCAUAAAGAAGUACUAGGAAGUGAAUUAUCACUUUCUUUGCAACAUCCAUCACCAUUAUUUUCAUCAAGAAUGGAUCAAGAUAAGUUCAUUAGCAAGUUCAAAGAAGGAAAUGAGCAAGCAAGGACAAGUUUGGAUCUCACUUUAUGAAUGAAGACAAUUGUUACUUGUAGUUUUCCCAAAAAAUAACUUAUCUAAAAAGGUAUAUCUAUCUCUGUUCUUAUUACUUGCAACAUUUUAACUAGCAGCCUUAUCGAUACACAAUUUUGACCAUUAAUAUUUAUAUGUUUCUAUUUGUAAAUUAGAAAAAGUCUAACAUUUAAAGUUGUAAUUUUUUUGGGUAUUUACAAUAUAAUUGUAAAAUUGGUCAAAAUUGAGUAUCUAAUAAUAUAAAAGUCAAAAUGUCGCAAGUAUUGCAAGAAAGCGAGAAACCGACGUAUUUUUUAUUUUUUUAUAAAGGCAACUCCAAAAAAAAUUUUCUAGCUCUCAAA